UGUUUAAAUCCAAUUAUUCAUAGCCUAUUAAAAAAUUUUGGUAUGCCUAAAAUUUAAAUGAUAAGCUUAGAGAUUAAAUGUAACAUGACUUUUUAGGAAUAUGUCUAUUAGGUCCAUUUUAAAAAAAAAUCACACAUGAACCAAGGUUAUGACUUCUGUUUUAAUAUAUAAGAUUAUGAUCAUGUAGACAAUCAAAACACCAAUGUUGUCAAAAAGAAGAUCUGUUUUGAGGCAAAACCCUUCCAGGGUUGCCAAAAGAGUUACCCAUUAGACCACCAUAAGAACGACUUUUCCUAAUCUUAGUACACUUAAAGCAAGACAUCAAUCGAUGCAUCGGUCAAAAAAGCCAUGAAAACCGUGCCACUAAAUGAAGCUCCAUUGAACUCAUUGUAAGCAACUUUGUCUCCUUGAAAUUUUGGCACUAAUGGAGAUGGUCUAACAGAUGGUCUAAAAGAGCAGCAACUUCGUCAGACAAGGAAGAACUCCUCAUUGAUUUAUAGGAAAAAAGUUGCCAUCAUACAAAUCAAUUUAUAUAUAUAUAUAUCCUAUUUAUCCAAUUAUCUCAAAAAAGAAGCUAGCAAACAAAAGCAAUAACAUUAAUACGCAAAUUUAAAUACUACGUUGACAUCAGCAGUUAACAUUAUGAGUUACUUUUUGUGGGUUUAAUAUUAUGAGUUACUUUUUGCAUCCACAGACUCAAACUUUAAUACGCAAACGACUCAAAGAAAUUUUCUAUAUAAACGAGUUAUAUACUACGGUAUUCAAGAACAUCAACCGCAAGAGAAAAAAAAAACAGUUCUUUAGAAGUCUUAUUACGACAAUGUCUUUUCUUGGUCAUUUACAAGUUCUUGUUUUUCUUUAUGCUCUGCUUCUUUUCUCAGCAGAAUCUCGCAAAACCCAACUAUUUGAUACAGAAUCUAGCGCUGAUGAUGGUGCUGAACACGAAAACUACGGGGAUAAGGUCGAUGCGCGAGAUAUCCCUCUGUUAUAUCUCGAGACGAAGAUUCAAAACGCUCCUGUGGGGUCACCUCAAAGACAAGAAGCUCAGAAGAAUCUGCUUGAGGAAAUAAAUCACAGGAAACAAAUCGAUCAGAACAUUAUAGAGAUUCUUAGACUUUCACUCAAAAAAACCGAUGUCUUAGAUCUCUUAACUUCCACAAGAACAACAGGACAACCUGUUGUAGAUGAUUGGGACUGCUACAAGACUCUGGUUAAAAGUUUCAAGAAUCAAUGUGGAGCAAAGAUGGAAUACGAUAUGAAGUAUGCAGGAGCACUUGCCAAUAUCUGCAAUAUGGGAGUGGAUGUGAAGAAAAGUGUUGCAGCUAUUGAAGAAGCUUGUGCCCAUUAAAUUAUAUGCAAAAAAUAAUAUUGUGAUCGCCUUAUAAAUAUGAAAGUUAUUGCAUAACAUUUGAUUGUGUGGAGAUGGUUGAUGCCUAUUUUACUUGAUAACGCGAAAGUCUUGGUCUUAAAUUGGAUUCAUAGUAUAAUAACCUCGUACCAAUUCUAGUUUCAAAAAUUCACGCGAAAGUCUUGGUCUUAAAUUGGAGAAUGAGUAAGUGAUCGGAUAAGGCUCGGCGGCACUCGAGUCAACAUCUCGUAUUCACGUGUUAUGCUUUACGGUUUACAGUUCUACAACCUUGAACCGGAGCAGCUGAUUAAAUCCUCAUAUAUACUGGUGAA